AUGGCAUCCCAGCAUAACUCGUUGCGCGACCGCCAAGUGGCGUCCAUCGAGAAGGUCCUUAACCUCAACCACGCCUCUCCCGAAAGCGCAGAUACACAACACGAUGCCACCCUUUCCAAUGGCCUCGUUACCAAAGCCACCCCUAUCCUGAAUGCAGACGGCGAACCCAUCUGGAAGGUUCUUGUCUUUGACAGCCUGGGAAGAGAUAUGAUUAGUAGUGUCCUCCGCGUCUCGGACUUGCGCUCUUGGGGAGUCACCAUACACUUACCUAUUACCUCAAAACGUCAUGCCAUUCCAGACGUGCCCGCCCUCUACCUCGUCGAACCGACUCCUGAAAACCUGAACAUCAUCGCUUCUGAUCUCGCAAAUGGUCUCUACUCCUCUGCCUAUGUCAACUUCCUCUCGUCAAUAUCAAGACCUGUGUUGGAGGACUUUGCAGCUCAAAUCGCCGCUGGAGGAACAUCAGAAAGCAUCGAGCAAGUCUACGAUCAAUACUUGAACUUUGUUGUCAGCGAGCCCAAUCUGUUCAGUCUGGGCAUGGGCAAGGAUGUAUACUACACUAUGAACAGUGCGCAGACUAGCGACGACGAGAUUGACGCAAAAGUCGAUCGUAUCGUGAGCGGUCUGUUCAGCGUGGCUGUAACCAUGGGUUCUAUCCCUAUUAUUCGAUGCCCUAAAGGCGGUGCAGCGGAAAUGAUCGCUGCCAAGCUUGAUCGCAAACUGCGCGACCACAUCCUCAAUGCAAAAGACAACCUCUUUUCGGGCGCCAACGCUCGUACCAACGCUGCAGCUGCCACGCUAGCUUCGCGACCUAUCCUGAUCAUCGUUGACAGGAACCUCGAUCUUGUUCCCAUGCUAUCUCACUCUUGGACAUACCAAUCUUUAGUACACGAUGUGCUCAAAAUGCACCUCAACCGUAUCACAGUCGAGCUGCCAGGAGACGAUUCAGACCCGACUAAGCCUGCGACAAAGAGAGCGUACGAUCUAAACACAAACGACUUCUUCUGGACCAGGAAUGCAGGAGUACCGUUCCCGCAAGUCGCCGAAGACAUUGAUACGGAGUUGACACGCUACAAAGAGGACGCCAACGAGAUCACCAAGAAGACUGGCGCUUCUUCAAUCGAGGACCUACAAAACGACACGUCAACCUCAGCUCAGCAUCUCAAGGCUGCUAUCACUCUGUUGCCUGAACUGCGCGAACGUAAAAACAUUCUCGACAUGCACAUGAACAUCGCAACCGCCCUGUUGAAGGGCAUCAAGGAGAGACAGUUGGAUAAUUUCUUCCAGCUGGAAGAGGACAUCAAGAAGCAGACCAAAGCUCAGAUGCUAGAGCUGAUCUCGGACGCUGAUAAAGGCAAGGAACCUCUGGAUAAACUCCGAAUCUUCAUCAUAUGGUUCUUGAGCACCGAGCAGGAAGUCUCUCGAGCAGACAUGGACAAGUUCGAGGAGGCUUUGCGCAACACCGGAGUCGACACCACACCUUUGACCUACGUGAGACGUGUACGAGAAAUCACACGCAUGACUAUGAUCUCUUCUGCGCCCACCCAACCAGCCCAAUCAUCGGCAUCUAACGAUCUCUUCCGUGGGUUCAGUUCGCUCUCCAAAGGACUAACGGACAAGUUCAAGGAGGCUGGUAUUGGCUCAAACUUCGAGAAUUUGAUCUCGGGCGUCAAAAACUUCCUCCCUGCCAACAAAGAUUUGACUCUAACCAAGAUCACGGAGUCAUUGAUGGAUCCAUCUAACGCCAGCACGAGUGCGCUUCAGAAGACAGAAGGAUAUCUUUACUUUGAUCCCCGCAGUGCGAACGCAAGAGGCACAAUGCCGCCAUCGGCAGCCCAGGCCAGGAACCCUACUGGCAGCAGUGUAACACGAGGUAUCGAAGCCAGCUUUGGUCAACGGAGACAGGGGUACAGCGAGGCGAUUGUCUUCACAGUUGGUGGUGGCAGCAUGGACGAGUAUGGUAAUUUGCAAGACUGGGCCAAUAGGACAAGCGGACAAGGAGCAGCAGGGUCGGUUAGCAAGAAGCGUAUUGUAUACGGCAGCACGGAGCUUGUGAAUGCGGAGGACUUUGUGCUCGGCGAAUUGACCAAGUUGGGCAACGAGAGCGCGUAA